AUGUCAGCCCUCGGCGAAUCUAUGCCGGAUACCCACCGAGGACAAAGCGAAUCUCCUGAUUGGCACAAGGAAAUCAAAUUCGAAAACGUGCCAACCUUCGAACUCGAAUACAACCUUCAGAAGCGGCAUGAGUGGCUCCUCGACCUACAACAGAUGUUCGCAGGAGCCCCAAAGAAAUACUAUAGCGACGAAAGAAAGAUCAUCGGCGCUGUAUGCCAUAUGUGCCAAACCUAUAGGCAGAGGUGGUACCGAACCUGUACCGAAAAAAGGGAGGUUGAACGCCGAAACGUCACCAAUGACUGGCUCUUCUUCCAGGAGUGGACCCUAAGCCUUAUCAAAAACGCGUCUAGUCUCACAAUGGCUAUCGCAAAGGAAAAGGAAAAUAUCCACCAGAGAAAGGACGAGGACCCUAGAGAGUUCCACGCCCGUCUCGAUACCCUUGAGCAGUACUUUGAGAGAGCGAGUGAGAAAGAAAGGGCCCGAUCCUUCUUCGUUAAACUACAACACUCCCUUCAGCUUCGAAUCCAGGACCAUGUACGAGAACUUCCCGAGACACGUGAGGAAGUUGUCAACACGGCAAACCAUUACUGGGACCUCAUGAAAACAAAUUCGGACCGGGGAAACACAAACGAAACCAAGCCGAAUCAUCUCCGAAAGCGUAAGGCUCCUCCGGAUGAACCCCAGGGACCGGAAAAGAAAACCUACAAGAACCGUCAAAACAAUCGGAGACGUCAAGAGUCCUCAACGAACAACAACCUAAACCCUAUCGGAAGGGAUGGAAAACGCAAUGUGUGCCACAUCUGCGGAAGCGAUACGCAUUACUCUCCUGACUGCCCCGACCGAAAGGACCCUAAGGAAAAGCCAAAGGUCCAGAUAGCAACAACCGCGGGAAACGACAGCGAGACGGAGUAG